AUGGUCACACAUUACAUAAGAUUUAUUGAAACACUGCGUUGUGAUUUCGGGCAUCCAGCUGCGUUAUUAAGCCGCAAUGCUCUCGUUAUGUGCCAUAUAGAUACUGGUAACUCUUCCUCCGCAACUGCGAUAUGUCCAAACCGCGUUAACGACACCGAAUAUAUUUGGUAUCCUCAAGCAACUCUUAACGAUGGCGUUCAUCUCAAAACGUACGUGAGUGAAAAUGGCCAGUUUCGUUCCACUUUGCUGUCGGAAGUAGUGAGAUAUGAAGCCAUGAAUAAUCUCAUACGGACGGUGUCUACUCCGUCCACAACGGAACUGCACAUGUCCUUAUCAUUUAGUGAAUUGUUUGUCAUUGGUGAACAUCGUUUGAUAUUUCUGUGUGGGCCGCGACAUUUAAUUCUGAGUGCUGCACUGCAGAGUAUUCUGGGUGGUCUCAAGAGUGCCAACCAAACUCAGGAAUUCCCUUCGACCCCAUCCACACCAUUGACUCAGGAGAUAUCCAAGAUAGGGCAUGGAUUGGGCGUGCUUUUCUUGUACAGAGGCCGCCAGCAUCUACCGCUUCAAGGCUGCGGUAACCGCCCCUCACCGCUUUUUGCACCGGACAACGUUGUCACUGUAGACCCCGUCACACGCACACGCUCGUGUGUGGUGGAUCCUAUGUCAAAACCACCUAUCGGGUUCCUUUGUGAAGGCAGAAUUGAGCCCAAUGAUUGUAUGAAAUCGCUCCUGGACAAGAAUGGAGGUAUUAUGACUGUCCCCGAACCAUUUCCGUAUUGGGGCUUCGAAGAUAGUAAACCUUGGGUGAUAGCGACGUAUUUUCAGGAAUUAGCAUUACCACCUUUCUAUGGCGAAUGCCGGUGCAUAGAUUCCGAAACCGGUCAGCUUAAAGCCAGGAUAGAGAUCCGUUCGAAAGACGAGUACGUUUGCGACAUUGCAAGCAUGAUCUUCCGCAAUCGCGUGCGGCCUAUCCGUGGACCUUGGUGCUCGGUGGUACUUCAUCCUGGAAGCACCUUAACCAUCAGGUUGCCAGCAAAUGUCUUCAACUCGGCUGCUGCUGACGAGGAUUUUUCUGCUGUCCCCUUCUCACAGCUGCCGUCUGCCUAUGAGUACGAAUCUAAGUUUAUGCCGAAGGACUUGACGAGGCUGCGACAACAGACGGAUUAUUAUGACCUUGAAACGUAUGACGAAAUAUCCUACAACAAAGGACUUGCCGGCGAUGCCCUUGAGUUGGAUGUUUCACAAAUCGCCCGAGGAGAGGUGAAGCUGAAGUACCAUUUGGAUAAACCACUGGCGCUAAGGAGAGGGUCCAACUCAUUCUUUUAUCACUGGACUUUGAUAUCUAAGAACGAGAACGUUCCGGAUAAGAUACGCGCCGUUCUAAAUGUGUCUUACGCAUUUACGCAUUAUUACCGUAUCGUCGGUUGCGACCAAGGGACACCAGGUGUGUUUGAUGGUAACAUUAUCAGGCGGCAUUGCUCAACGAAAGAAAUAGGAAAUGGUAUUGGGCAAACGUACGAAUGCACUUUCAAUAGAAUGUCAAACAUGUUGUGGGCCGGUAUUCACUGCAGAUCUGACGAGGAGCUGCUGCCGGAUAACUGUAAGUCCACAGGAUACAAUAUGUAUUCUAAUUCUAUUAUGCCAUUUCCGAGAACGGUGCGUAAUGCGACUACAUAUCCUAUUCCAGGUUUUCAGGUAUUCGACAUGUGGUUCCAACAUAGUCCUCUCAGUCAUGCCUGCGUCUGCGUCGACCAACUUGGGUACGAAAAGUCUAAGCUUGUUUUAGAACUCAGCCAUGAAGAAAGCCAUACAUACAUAGUACGUCGUGAAACUAGGUUUCACAGGUUAUUCCCAUAUCUACGGCUGCCUUGGCAUAAGGUCGGAUUGUUACUUGAAGGACACACAUCAACAAGAUUUAUUAUGCUGCACUACACAUCCAAAAAGUACGUUAAACUACACCCGGGCACAAUGUUCUCGAUGAGUUGCGUACUUGACCGCGACGUUCAGGGCAUUGCAAAUAAUGGAGCAAUGGAAACUACGUGGCUACCAAACCAACCUAAGGAAUUCCAUUAUACUGUUGUCCACACCUCACACGGACGUGCGCUUGUUAGUACGCCACAUAAAGACAUAAUGGUUAGCACAAAUUCCGGAUUGGAAAUCGUUCACCAUGACGAAUCUAUGAGAUUUAGAUAUAAAAGAUUGGAUAUCACAUCACGCCGAGGCGCUGUUUUGAUAUCCAAAGACCCACAUCAGAAGAAAUAUGUGUCUAUGACAUUCGUCUGUGGUAAGUCGCAACAGCUAGAGGAUUUGUCCCCCAUCACCGGUGAUGCGUUAUCUUCAGACGCAUCCGUCCAGCCCUUUUCCAAUAUCACAGAAUUGUCAGAACAAUACACGUGGAAUAUCGUUAAGGUUAACGUCGAGACAACGGACCCGUAUAUGCAAGGCUGCGGCGUUACCUACGCAUCGGAUGAGCUGUUCAAACCUGAGACACCUCCACUCUACGACGGUGAUGGGCAGUCGCAGUUUGGCUGCAAGAUUGAUCUUCAGGCUGCCAAGGAAGCUGCAUUCUACUGCCCGGCGCCGUAUGUCCUGGAUCCUCCCAACUGCUUCAGCCAGGUCUAUGUCGAUGGCGAAGUAAAGAGCAUGAGCGAACUCAGCAAAUCGUUGGUGGCAUCUCGAUCCAACCACUUUGUCAUCCUUAGAUUUGACAGUUCACGCGUCGGUCAAAAUGAGACGUUGCGCCAGACGCCUCCGUUGGAAUGCCGCUGCGUCACCGUCAAGGGUGUCGUUCUCUCCACCAUACAGAUAGGGAACUAUUACUCGAAGUUAUGA